CCAGUGGCACUAUUCCGGUCAAGCCUUGUAGUCGCGACAUUCUAUUCCAGAUUCCUCAGGAAUGGCACAAACAAAUGGCGUUAUCAAGCAUGAGACCGAUCCCACAACGGUUCCAGGGGAGGAGCGGAGAACAGCCAGACUUGCGCCAGUCACAGUCAUUCCCAAUCCGGAUACCGAUGAAGAGGACGAAGAGAACGAGGAAGAAGUCGUAGGAGAAGAUGGUGAUCCUCUAGGCGAUCUCCCUGACGAGACCGAGGAUAUUGACCUCGUGCACUGUCGUAUCUCUUCCCUCGAGAAUCUUCGGUUGCAUCGUUUUGCAUCACACCUCAAGCGGCUAUGUCUCCGGCAGAACUUCAUCACAUUUCUCGACCCCGCAGUCUUUGGGAUUCUCACAAAGCUGGAGGAGCUAGACCUGUAUGACAACAAGAUUAAAACAGUCGGGGAUGCCCUCAAUGCACUGUCGACCCUGUCUGUCCUCGAUCUUUCGUUCAAUCUUCUCAAGGCCGUGCCCGAUGGGCUGGAACACCUGAAGUCUCUGAGAACAGUAUAUUUUGUUCAGAACCGAAUAACAAGAAUUAGUGGCCUCGAGGGGGUAGGCAGCACUCUACGGAGCUUGGAACUUGGUGGGAACAAAAUUCGGCGCAUCGAGAACCUAGACACACUGGUUAAUCUCGAAGAAUUAUGGCUCGGCAAGAACAAGAUCACCAACCUUGAGAAUUUAUCGGCCUUGAAACGGCUCAAAAUCCUUGCCUUGCAAUCGAACCGCAUCACAAAAAUCGAAGGACUCGACGGGCUGGAGAAUCUAGAGGAGUUGUAUCUCAGCCAUAACGGUGUAAAGCGUUUGGAAGGAUUAGAGCACAACACGAAGCUCACCACUCUCGACAUCGGCAACAAUUUCAUCUCCGAGCUCGAGAACAUCUCGCACCUGAAAGCCUUGACGGAGUUGUGGAUGAAUAAUAACAAAAUCCCAAAUCUACAAGGCCUCGAGAGCCAGCUUAGUUCCCUUCCUGACCUGGAAACUAUCUAUCUGGAAGGAAACCCUUGCCAACAUGCCGAAGGAGCAAAUUACCGGCGAAAGAUCAUACUGGCGCUUCCCAACAUAACUCAGAUCGAUGCAACAUUCACCAAAACGGCCUAGACUGAGUCACUGGCCGUAAGGUGCAUCAUCAACCUGCAUUUGUCUCUCCUCUACAGACUUCUACGCGCACUAGAGCGUUGCACUCGUUGUACGACCAUUUGGACUGUGUAUUACUACCACUGUGAAGGACCUGCCGACUUCCGACGCCUCUUUUUUACGGAUGCUAUCCUUACGAUCUCGACCCUAUUCCUCAUCAGGUGUUCACCCUGCUCAAUCAGCGUCCACGGGCAGCACCAUCAUUCACCUUACAUAUCCAGGGCGGCCAGCUACCCUGUAUCUUAUCGCCUGCUGCUGUGAAAUAACUCCCUAUAUAAGUCACGAAGUCCUC